CAGUUCAUACUCGUGAUCCGGAAAAGCAGCUAAAGCCGCUUCUUCCCCCCAGUAGGUGAGGAGUCAACAGGCACACUCAAAGACGAGGAAAUAAAGCCGGUCGUGACACCGUGAGAGCUGGUUCGCCCAACUACCCUUUCAGGGGAACGUCCACCCCACCUCUGCUGCGGAGCUUGGAAAAGUGGCAAGGAGUCGCAGUCCAGGAGAAAACUCCGCCCCCGUCCCCGUGAAGGCCUCCCGUGGCUAGGGGCGACUGUAGAGGGAGAAAAUGAAAAGAAUGGCAUGACCAGAAGUUGAGCAGUGUACAUCCUGCACAGCCAAAUGCAACAGGUCUUUUCCAGAGUCUGCUGCCACUCGCAGGGGUCCCCAAUCCCUGGGCUGCAAACCAAGAGCCAUAAGCCAGGUCCAUGGCGUGUUAGGAACCAGGCUACACAGCAGAAUGGUCCGUCCUUCUGCACAACCCAUGCUGUCAACCAGGAGCUAUUCUGUCCCCACCGACUCAAUGAGGCAGCAACCAGUUCUGUACAUGAAGAUUCCAAGGGAUCCCAAAUGGCAUGUGUUAGAACAGACACUAUCCAAGAAGGAAAGGACAUAUCUGUCAGCCAUGCUACAAGUGUCAUGCCACCAUGGAAGCUGAUUGCUAGAUACUGGGCUGGCAUACACCACAUACACACACACACACACAUGCUGAAGCAUCCUCAGAAUUCCUGCAACUCCAAGGUUCAAAUGUCCAAGAAGAAUACCGUGGGAGACAGAGUCACUCUGUAGCCCAGGCUGAAGUGCAGGGGUGCCAUCAUAGCUCACUGCAGUCUCAAACUCCUGGGCUCAAGUGAUCCUCCCUCCUUGGCCUCCAAAGCACUGGGAUUACAGGAGUAAGCCACCACACCCAGCCUGUUAUUGUAUUUUAUGAAAAUGCUCACCCAGGGUGGAUUGGAAAUGCAUUUAAACAUGUAUUUUUAAGUCAAGAUGUCCUCUCUCUGUCUCUUAACUUUCCAUGACUUGACUAGCAGGCACAUUCAAGUUACUUCAUGCAUCAUGAAGCAGAUGGAACAGGCGGCUCUCCAUUCUAGAGAUCCCUAGCUGUAAGGGGCUGUCCCUUUGCUAGUGUGGGAGGUCAGCCUGCCUUGCAGAAUGAACCAUACGGAGUCAAAGACUAAUCCCAAAUAUGCCAGGAUUGUCAUUUUCAUUUCAUUAGACUUUCUAAGCCCAAUGUAAGUGUUGUUUAUGCUGAUUG